UUUGUUUACCUUGUGGAGGGACUCGGCCAGACGGCAGGUCAAGUCAGGCUCGCCCUUUGUGUUUUCUCAAGUUAUUUCUCGAACCAGAAGGCCAAAGGAGACUUUUUUUCCCCUUUUAUGAUAAGGGGCAUAACUGGCCGGCCUGUCAAGAGAGAACUCGAUAAACGCCUCCAAAGGAUUCCUGAUCAACCAGGCUGUGAUUCAUACAUCGGGAUGCAAGCAGCCGCGUCCAGCAGUCUAGUUGACCAGACCACCAACCAGGAAGCCUGGUCAGAGACUGGGCCGCUGAUCCUAGGAAUCACAAGCAGGCACCCGUUUAUAUCCCAGCAUCAUUAGCACCUUUAAACAAGAACAACAUAAGUUAUUUGCAUUGACGGAAGCAUCCGAGAAUGUGCAAGAAGCAGCGCGACCCCAUCAUGUGGUGUCGUCAUUAUUCAAACGAGGGUUUGCCAUACAAGACGAAUUGUCGCCGAUUGGGCUGGUUGUUACUCGAUAUGUUCUCCAUUUGAGGCGUUCGUUAUUCGAGGUGAUGUGAGAAUGACACGGAGCGGAGGGGCAGCGGUUGCCCCACGACCGCUCAACACUGUACAGUUCGAGCAUCCAUCGCACACAGGAACCUUGUUGUUUGGCCUUAAUACUUUACGUUCCAAGGGCUUAUUGCUCGAUGUGACACUCAUUGCUGGUGGCGAGGCUUUUCAGGCUCAUCGGGUUGUCCUAGCAUCUUGCAGUGAUUAUUUCCGUGCCAUGUUCACGGAUGAAAUGCGAGAACGCUGCCAAUCCGAAAUCUGUUUGAACGGUGUGAGUGCUGCUGGGUUGCAGUGCUUGCUGGAGUAUGCGUACACCAGCCGUCUCUCUCUCAACCUGGCAAACAUCCAGGAUGUUCUGGCAGCAGCGGCCCAUGUUCAGGUGCUCACCGUUGUUGAGGCUUGCUCCAAUUAUCUCCAGGCUCAGCUUGACCUGGACAACUGUGUGGAUAUUGCCACCAUUGCAGAGACAUAUUCUCUUCACAGACUGAGGAAGAGGGUAUAUGCCUUCAUGAGUUCCCACCUUCAUCAGUUCAGUAAAAUGUCAGAUUUUCAACGGCUGACGGUGGUACAGCUGUUGCAUCUUCUGUCAUGUGACUAUCCUGUGGAUUGUAGUGAAGCACAAGUGUUGUUGACUGUUGCUGGUUGGCUUCAGCACUGCCCAUCAGAUCGUGCCCGGCAUGCUCCUGCCCUCCUGCAUGCACUUAAUUUACAGGAGGUUCCUGCUUCAGUUUUGGAGCGGGCAGCAUGCCUCUCCAUACUAGAGGAACCUAUGAGAGCUGCACUACGUCGCAUGGCCCUGCCUGUUUCACCAGCACCUCCAACUGGCCUUGUUAAUUCAAGAGGGCUGGAAUUGGCAGUAGUGAAGGUAGGCGGCUUCAGUAUUGCUGGUAUAACAAAUGAGAUUACUUACUUUUUACCUUCGGUUGGUCGUUGGCGUCACUUGACCACCAUCCCGCAUGUUGAACAGUGUAAUUAUGGUACAGCAGUGCUAAAUAACCAGCUGUAUGUCAUUGGUGGCUGCUUCAAUCAGUCACUACAGGAAAAUAUUCACCCGUUUGGGUUUAGAUAUAACCCUCAACAGAAUAAGUGGAGUACCAUGGCUCCAAUGCAGCGUGAAAGAUGCAGAUUUUCCCUAAGUGUUCUUGGUGGGCAGCUGUAUGCAGUAGGAGGAGCAAGCGAAGCCAGUGACGACGGUAUUGCUGAAGAUGAAAGUCUCUGUGAAGCUUAUAACCCUGCAGCCGACACAUGGACUCCUAUUGCUGGCCUGCCUGGUACACGGGCACAACAUGCAGCCGCUGCUCUUAAUGGGUUGCUCUAUGUCAGUGGUGGGUUAGAAGGUGAUCAAGUUCUGGAUUCUUGCCACGCAUACAACCCAAGUACCGGUACGUGGGAGUCUCGUACCCCGCUCCUCACUCCGCGGGCAGAUCAUUACUGUGUUACAUACUCCAACUGCAUGUAUAUCUGUGGUGGAUGGUAUGAAGAUGAAGCCACAAACACCAGAGUCUUAGUUGACACCAUUGACUGCUACAACCCAAUCACAGAUAGCUGGUCAGUUGUAAGUCGUGUCCCCACCCCCCGUUAUCAUGCAGGAAUUGUUGUAAUAGGUUCUCAACUUUACGUAAUUGGUGGAUUUCAUUCGGAUGCUACAUUUGACCGUGCAACGGGUGUAAUAGAAUGUUAUGACUUGGAUAAUGGAGUAUGGAAUGUAGAAAAUGCAUAUCCACAAGACAUAUGGGAACACGUUUGUGUUCCUUUGUAUAUCCCACGGUGCCGAGAUGACAUGGAUGUUUUAGCUAUAUCUAAGUAAUCGAUUAUAUCAGUUGUAAAGAUGGUACCAUAGUUAUAUUUUAUUAUAUUUUAUAUAAGAUUAUAUUAUGUUUCAUAAUUGCCUUGAUGAUAUGCUUGUAUUAUGUACAAUUUCAAAUUUAAUUUGACUUGAGUGUAUAUACUGUAUGUGUGGGUGUGUGCGAGUAUGUGCAUGUCUGUGUACACGUGUACACACAAUUUUUUUUUAAGAGAGAAAUGUCAAUUCUUUGUAGUUUCUGGAAGAGAACUUUGCUCACAGUAGCCCAUCUUCAUACUGUAAUUUACAGUACAGUAUUUCAUUAUAAGCAUUUUUUAAACUUCUAGUGAUUUUUAUCACCCACUGCCCUCCCCUGAAAUUUUGUGCUCGUCUACCAGUGUCUUAAUUUAUAAAUAAUUUCUGUUAUUCUUUCCACACAUUUUUCUGUAGUUCAUAAAUGUGGCCUCUUCUGCUUGAUUUUGACUUGAAGGCCUCUUUUUUUUUUUUUUAGUGUGUAAUUAUAAUGCCUCCUCAUUUUUUCUCGUGUCUUCAAAUUUGUUUAUAAUCAGCCAAGUGCUUUAUGAACGCCUGUUAUCCAAAAAUGCCUGUUAUCCGAUUGGGGUUUGUUUGGAUAAAAAAGUUUGGAUAACUGGUGGGACAAUCAGCAGUCUGAAUAAAAAUGUGCAAUUAAGAUGGAACAAGUUUGCCCAGUGACCGUACACAGCACCACUUGAGCAGUGUUUAUAUAUUAAUGGAUGGUUCAGAAGCUUUCAACUCUGCCAUGGCAUUAGGUACAUUAGAAUAAUGUACUUGUAAUUUUCUUGGAGGGUAAAACGUAGUCUGCUGAGAUUAACUCGUCACCCUUAAUCUUCCCUUCAAACCAACACUUAACAUUAUCCACCACCACCUUUUCUUUCUAAACUUGAAGAUUAUAGUUGAUGGAGCAUUGUUAACAAGCAGCUCAGAACAUAUAUUGGCGAGUACAAACAAAACAUUGUUGAAUUUCUGCAACAAAAUUGUAAAUUUCUCUUUCCCCCCCAUUUCUCUCCCCCCCCCAGCUUUUCAGAAUGACUAAGCACUUGAACACAACAUGUUAUCCAUUCAGUCUCGGUACCGAGGGGUUCGGAUAGCACAUGGCUGACUGUAUGUCCAAAACUCUUUAAUGAUUUCUCAUACUCAUUUAGUAAUUCAUAUUUCUUAUCUCUGGGAUAAGGAGUUAUUAAAAGUGCUGCACCAUACUACAGCUGGUAGGUCAAUACAAGUCAUUUCUUUCCUCUAUUUGCUAUCUUAGAGUUUACAAAAAUUGUAGUGGACACACACUUAUCCUAAAUUUUUAUGUCAUUUUCCUGUGAUUAUGUAUCUUAUUGCUGUACGUGUACUGCCAAGAACAAUCUGUAAUCCGUAUAGGCUGUUCACAUUUCUUUUUCAUGACGUUCAUUUACUGUACAUUGAAUUCAGUGUUUGUUUUUGUUCCAUUCACUUAGUUUGUCCAAGUCUAAUGGAAGGUUAUUCAAAUUGUUUGUUCUGCUUUGCAAAACCUUUUUUUUCCUCGCCUGUGAACAUGUUCCGCUCAUAAUUGCAGCCAAAAGUGAUAAUGUACUUGUUUGACACUAACAGAGUUUUCUCUGUACAAGCCAUUUUUUCUCUUAUCACUGUUCUAAUUUUUGCAUUCCAUAUACAAUAUCUCAUCACUUUAGUAAUAUGCUCUAAAUGCUUCCUAGAUUUGCUUAGUUUCCAAAUUAAGUGUUGUUUGAGGAACUUUUUUUUUCAGAAGCCUUAUUAAACUAAAAUUACUGUAAAUGCAAUCCUCUUGGGUAAUAUUAGCGACUCUCUUGUAGAAACUACUGAUUUGAUAUGCAGGAUUUUUUUUAUCUGAAGUAAAGUUCUUUACUAGUAAGCUCCUCUUCAAAUCUUGUAUUAACCUCCUCCUAUUGACUUCAAAAACCUUCCAACUACAAUUGUUAAUAAAACAGGUCUGUUGAUUGCUUGUGUGUGUGUGUGUUUUUAUUUGUGUAAGACAGAAAGAUGACGACAGAUACACACAUGAUGAAAUGAUCAUAUGCUUUCUGGGCACAACUCAUCCGAGAUUCUCUCUCUCAUUUUUGUGCAAAGUGUAAGUGAUAAAGCAUUAUAGUAUGUAAUAGAAAGGCAGUGAGUGGAGCUAAGGUACAGAGUGUAGAUAAUGCAGUCCGAGCGUGUUAGAAGACUAUAACACCAAUGGCAGGCUGGCUGCUUAUGGAAAAAGCCUGGAAAUUUCAUGUUGGUGAACAUUCCUGAGUAGUUUUUAUACUGAUGGAUGGUUCAGAAGCUUCAGAAAGUGCCAUGGUAUUACUGUAGGUACAGUAUAUUAGAAUACCUGGCAAAAACAGUUAGCUGAUGCUACUGGUGCAAAAUUGAUUUGUGUAAAUUUGUAGAGGAGGUGCAGAAUUAGAAUUAUUGCCUGAGCAAAUUAAUAAUGCUGACAAAGUUUGUUCUGGCAUAUGUUAAAUAUAUAAUAUGGCUCAUGAAGGUGAAAGUGAUCUUUCUGGUGAGUUAUGAGGAGAAUAAACCGACUAUCUCUGUUGUGCUAUUUAAAAGAAGCUGGCAUACACUAAUGUAAAUUGCUUGUAAAUGGGAUUAACAAAAUCCAUUUCAAAGGGACACUGUGUGCAUCUCUUGUUAUUUAUAUGACCUAAUAAAGUGGAUGGCUGUUCAGAGUGAUUCUACCUGAAUGGUAUAAUAAGAACUUUGUUCCCUUGGUGAAGGAACAUCCCAAAAGUGCUGACCUCCCAGAUAACAGCAAAGUUGUGUUGCUUCUAGAUACUCUUAAUAGCACAACACACUCGCUACAGGAUGAACUCGUAUAUGGCAUUGGUUUCUGGGGCUAGUAAGGAGUCCGUGUUGGGGCAAGGUGUCCUUCAGCCAUUCCUGGGCUCUGGUUCCCUUUGUGUUUUUUUCCCCUUCAGGAUGAGAUCUUCCCUAUCCUCUGUUGUUGUUUCAAAUUUAUUCCUCCUUCCUCCUUAUUCCUUUAUUCCUCCUUGGGUACAUUUCCAAGUUUUGUUAGAAUCUUCAAAUGCAUAUUAUUUCAAAAGAUUUCUGCUGUCCCACCUUCCAUUGUGUUCUGCUCAGCUGGAUCUGUUUUCAUUUCUUCUGAGAGAUCAGCACUUCACUUUCUUGUUGGACCUGGCUUCUUUUUAAGUGUGGGUUGGCUUUGGCCAUUUGGUUGUGAUUAUGCAGUGCCUGAUUCAUCCUGGCUUACAGACAACCCAUUACUUACUUCAUAGCACAUGGCCUGGCUUAUCUGUACCCGGACACUUAAGGCUUGCCUGUUUCGUCCAGUCCUGCCCACGGAUGUGGCCAUAUGGUAGCUCUUUGUAUGGUUGCUUUUGCUUCUGGAGUCCCAGCUGCACAGAUUUAAAGGUCUCCUGUUCAUUCAGUUUCUGGGAUGGGAUUGAGCUGUUCUCUACCCUAGGAGCCGGUCGGCUGAGCGGACAGCACGCUGGACUGUGAUCCUGUGGUCUUGGGUUCGAUCUCGGGCGCCGGCGAGAAACAAUGGGCAGAGUUUCUUUCACCCUAUGCCCCUGUUACCUAGCAGUA